GUGACCAUGUGCUACGUAUGAUACAGUGCAGAAAUGUUCGUCUUCAUUGGGUGUUGUCUGACAAAACGGCCGCCAGUGUUCAAGUUGUGUCACAGAGCACUGUAUCUCACGGCCGGAGGAAACCUGGCAAACCACCGUAUAAGCAACUAUGAAAACUACUUCAACAAAGCAGCGAAACGAACAAGAGCACCGGUUCUCCGAAGUCUUCAGAAAUACAUGGCAACCGAUCUGGUGUACCUGGCUGGAGGUAUUCCCAACUCCGACACGUUCCCUAUUGCAGCCGCUCAGCUGCGCCUAAAAGAUGGUCAGACAGUACACAUAGAUGAAGCUGACAUGAAAGUUGCUCUUCAGUACGGGGCAACCAGGGGGAAGCUGCAGCUUCGUGAAUGGCUGACAGAGUUGCAGCGACGUCUUCAUGAUCCCCCUACCCUCCCUCCACCCGGCGUCUCCCCCUCAGCAAACAGCGACAUGAUCACCAUCACGGCUAACGGCUGUACGGAGGCUUUUAGCAAGAUCCUGGGAAUGGUGUUGGAGGAAGGGGACUCGCUGCUGGCCGAGGAGUCCACAUAUCCUUCGGUUUUCAAUGUGACUGAGCCACUGGGUUGCAAGCCAGCGAUUGUCAAGAACGACGCAGAUGGCUUGAUACCCUCGGAUCUUAGUAACGUCCUGUGUUCCUGGAACGAGGCUGCAUCCGGGCCUCGGCCAAAGCUGCUAUACUGUGUUCCGAAUGGUGCAAAUCCGACAGGCGCCAACCUGAGUUUGGAGAGGAGGAAGGAAAUUUAUGCUUUGGCGAGAAAAUAUGACCUAUUAAUCAUCGAGGACGACCCGUACCAUAUGAUUCAGUAUUCCAGGCCCCUAUUACCCAGUUUGCUGUCAAUGGACGUGGAUGGGCGUGUUCUCAGGUGUGAUACUGUCUCCAAAAUCAUGUCUGCCGGAGCACGGUUGGGAUAUGUGAGCGGCCCCAAGCAGUUUCUGGAUAGAAUAGUUGAUUUGAAGGAAGGAGUAAGUGGCGGAGGUUCUGCACUGGUAGAGACCAUCAUGUUGAAAGUCUUCCAGAACAUGGGGCAUGAUGGCUACAUUGAACAUGGCUGCCGAGUUGCCAAUUUCUACCACCAGAGGUCGCAACUUGCUUCCAGGACAGCCGAAAAACACCUUAAGGGUCUGGCAGAAUGGUCUGCGCCUCAGGCCGGGAUGUUCCUGUGGAUGAAGCUACUGGGUGUAGAGGACUCCAGACACGUGUGUCAGAAGUUGAUCCAGAAAGGGGCUGUUGUGGUUCAGGGACACAUCUUCUGUCCUGCCUCGGUUAACUCCCCUUAUAUCAGAGUAUCCUUCUCUUAUGCAUCGGAGGCCGAUUUAAAUAAGACAUUUUCCUGGCUGGCGGAGAUUCUUAAGGAACAGUCGGAACAAUGAGGAACUCCCUUCAGAGACUGUAUGGCCUUGGCAUAUGUUAUAUCUUGAAAGAGACUGUACAUGGAGCUUACAUAGUUGAUUUUGCUAUAGUUUUGGUAUAUGUAUUUGAAUGUUGAAUAAACAUAAACGCUUCGAUA